AUGGUCUCAGUCAAGAACCUCGUCGCCGUCCUCUCUUCGGCGCUCGCUGUCUCAGCAUCGCCAGUCUUCCACAACUCCUCCGACGCUGGCAAGCAAAUCUCAACUCGUCAAGCCUCUGAGAUCCCUCCCAACUCGCUGUACCUCGCUGAGUGGUACCCGAACGGCUGCGGCAACGGCAACGGCGUUUCCCUUACUGGCCAUGAAUCGACACUCGCGGUCUGCUCCAAGUUCAUGGGCCUCUCGGACCCCAACGCGCCCAGUUCUGCCUCGGUGCGCUUCUUGUUCCCCGACGACGGCCGCACCUUCAAGUGGCGACUGUUCAGCACCAACGAUUGCGCUACUCAGAUCUACAUGGGCGAAGGUGACGGAUGUUUCACCGUCCCGUCCAACCAGAAAGUUGGUGCCAUCAUCGUUUACACUUAG